AUGGUUACAGAGAAACAUGGCGUGGAAUUUUUUGUCAAAUCAUCAAAUUUUGAUGUAAGAUAUCCUCUUGGAAGCCCAGCUCGAGCUGAAAUAGAGAACAGCAUUAAGAAAGGAGCCGUUGACAGUUUAUGGAGAUGGCAAGCAAACCCGAGUUUUCAAUACGUUUCUGAUCUGGUGGAGGGGCUAAUGAAACUGAUGGAAGGCGAGCACGUGGGGCCUUUUAAUCUGGGCAACCCCGGCGAAUUCACUAUGCUCGAACUUGCUCAGGUAGUGCAAGAGACAAUAGAUCCAAAUGCAAAGAUAGAGUUCAGACCGAACACGGAAGAUGACCCGCAUAAAAGAAAACCUGACAUUUCUAAAGCUAAGGACCUUCUUGGUUGGGAGCCCACCGUGUCCCUUCGAAAGGGCCUUCCCCUUAUGGUUUCUGACUUUCGUCAACGCAUCUUCGGUGACUCGAAAGAUGACAUUUCCACUGCUGCCGUCCUCUCCACCACCACCACGGUCUAGUCCCUCCUUCUUAUCUCUUCUCAUACCUUUUAGAAUAAGAGAUCUCUCAAAUCACUUCCUCCCAAAGAAUAACAUUUGGUAGUUUGAAGAGAUGAGAGAAAAAAGAGGAGGGGAUCUUCCCAUCCAUCAAAACCUCUUUCUUUUCUCCCAAUUUUCACAUUUUUUAUUCUGUGGGCCUAAUUUACCUCUCUCUUCCUCUCCUGUUUUGUAUAUCUUU